AUGGGGUUCUCACUCACCUCAUUGUUCAAAAGCUCCACGCUCCCGGCUCUCCAAAUUCUUUCAAUGGUCUCGCCCGCCGUGGCUUACACGAACCCUCUCAUCCCGCAGCGCGCCGACCCCCACAUCACCAAGCACACCGAUGGUUGGUAUUAUUUCACAGCCACCGUUCCGGAGUUUGACCGUAUUGCCCUCCGUCGCGCGGAGUCCAUCCAAGAACUGCAGAAUGCCACUGAAACCACGAUAUGGCAGCGUAAAACCUCAGGCAUCGGCAGUGGCCAGGUGUGGGCUCCGGAGCUGCAUUUCAUCGACGGAAAGUGGUACAUCUAUGUCGCGCUCGGGGUGGAGGGAGAGUGGCGGAUCAGAGCGUCGGUGUUAGAGGGGACGGUCCUCGAGGGCGACGACGCCGACGACAACCCGCUCACAGCGACCUGGACCGAAAAGGGCGUGAUUGAGACGAACUGGGACACCUUCUCCCUCGACGCAACCACUUUCACCGUGAACGGCACACGGUAUUUGCUCUGGGCACAGCAGGAACCGUCGCGACCGGACGAAAACUCCAGCUUGAUGCUUGCGCCCCUUGACAACCCCUGGACCAUCCGUGGCACGGCUGUCGCCAUCUCCCGGCCGACGCUGGCCUGGGAACGGAUCGGGUACAGUGUCAAUGAGGGCCCGGCGGUCAUCCAGCGGAACGGCAAAAUCUUUGUGUCCUACUCGGCGAGUGCUACGGAUGCUAAUUAUUGUAUGGGGUUAUUGACAGCAUCGGAGGAUGCGGAUUUGAUGGACCCGGCGUCGUGGAUCAAGGCAGAUGAGCCGGUGUUCGCAAGCAAUGAAGAGACCGGCCAAUGGGGCCCGGGACAUAACUCAUUUACUGUGUCGGAAGAUGGGUCGAGCGACGUGUUGGUAUAUCACGAUCGUGGGUAUCGCGAUAUCGAGGGUGAUCCGUUGAAUGAUCCAAACCGGCAAACGAGAGUCCAGGUGCUGGGUUGGAAGGCUGAUGGUACGCCGGAUUUCGGAGUGCCCGUGGCAGACGGAGAAACGCCCACUCUGCUAUAA